AUGUGCCAAUCUUCAAAGUUGCGAAGUGGGCGUGCAUUCCAUCAUCGUAUUCGACGUGAAGACAGAAUCGAGAGUUAUUGUCAAAAGCAUCUUGGACACUAUCGGAACUUUUGCUUGGAGAGCUCAGAAGAUAUCGAUCGCUCGGCUAGGGCGAAGUUGGCCAAAUUCUGCCCAGCAUAUGAGCAUCACUGCUCAGUAUCGAAAGCCGAUGACGAAGAUAUAGAAACUGAGGUAUUGAGCAAUCUCGUCUUACCUCCACCUCUACCUAAAGCUAGCGACUUCGUCGCUCUGGAUUUGCCAAUAGAUACACCAUCGAAGACAAUUCCUUCAUUAGAUGCCCUUCAGUCGAGGAGCCGCCUGACUGCUGCGAUCAUCGCUAGCUGUACACCCGAUUGCACUGCAAUACAUUGCACUAAGGAAUGCAAGUGCGCAAAUACUCAUCCCAAAGUGCAUGCCAUGUGUAAUCCACCAGCUAACGCAAAACUUGCUGAUAUUUGUCAAAAAUGGUACGAAACAUGCCCAAUGUUCCAGCCAGUUCAGUUCUAA